UUUCUCACACACGGCUACUGCCCCAAAAGUCGCAGUCAUGAACAUCUUUAAACUCAUAAUGAAAAAGAAAGAACUUAUUCCUUUGAUAACAUUUGUGAGUUUUGCUGGAGCUGGAGCAACCUAUAUGGGGCUAUAUUCCCUUUCCAAAAGUGAUGUGAUCAUUAACAGGACAAAAAAUCCAGAACCAUGGGAAAAUGUAAAUCCUAAUAAGUCACAAAAGCUUUUCACAAUUAGCCAGAAGUGGAAGCCUGUUGAAGAACUACAGAAGGUCAAAAAGUUGACCAAGUGACCAGACUCUCCUUGCAAAGUUCAUUCUGUAAAUCUAGUGGCAACAUCUCUGCACAAACUGGACAACUGAAACCAGUGUGAAGAAGUACUUUUUUAGAGUCUCCCUACAUUUUUGGGCUCUGAAUGAGGAAUUCCAUUUUGCCCUAAAAGUGGGCAAGCUUAACAAAAUCCACGUUAGUCCAAAAAUAAAA